GCGGCGGCCCCCGCGGGGGGAGCCGGGCCGGGCCGGGCCGCCGGCGCGGCGCGGCGCGAGCAGGUGCGGCCGCCCGGCAGCGCGAGGGCGGAGCGGCGGACAGCGGGGCCGGGCUUGCAGGUGGGGGUUGCCGGGAGGCGCGCACGCACGGGCGGGGAGCGGGGCCGGCGAGCUCCCGCCCCUCGGCGGUACGUGCGGCUGGCGGCGGGGGAGCGCGGCUGCUGCAGGAGGCACACGGCGGUGGCGGGGCCCCGCGCUGGCUGCGGCGCUGCUCGCAGCCCGGGCCGCGGAGGGGCCGGCGGGGCUGCUCCCGCUGGCGGAGCCAGAUGUGCGCCGCGGGGGGCUGCCAGGGGCCGCCGGUGGGGUGCCGGGGGCUGCCGCCGCCGCUGCUGCCGUAUCCGGGAGGGGACCCUUAGCUGGGCUUGAAGCUGGGAAGCCGCAUCGGGAGCUGUUAUUUUCUUCUCCUUCUUUCUUUGCCUUUCCUCUCCUCCCUCCUCCUCCUCCUCCUCCUCCUCCUCACCAAAAGCGGGAGAGGAGGCGUGUUCGUAGAGCCUUGCUGCACCGGUUCUGCUUGGUUUGUUGUUGCAGGGUUUGCUUUGUAGGGUGGCUUUUCUUAUUAUUUCUUUUCUCCCCCCUCCCUCUCCUUUGGCCCAUUGCAUGCUCGGAUCUGGCUGGAUCCUUCCUUUUAUUUUCGGCGAUGCCUCUCGGAGGGGGGAAGGGUAAGCUGGGAUGAGUGCAGCUUGACGCACAGGCGAGGGGAGGGGGGGCACCGCCGGCAGCUGCAGCGCUCCGUGGUCGCAGAGUGCGGGGAGGUGAGCGAGCGAGUGAGUGAGUGAGUGAGGGUCUUGCUCGGUGUCUCUCCCUUUCUUCGCCCCUCUCCUUCCCUCCCCCAUCCGUCUCCUGCCGGGUCCGGCUGGCAGCCGCGCACCGGCAGCCUGUGUAGCAAGGUGUGUAGGGGGUUGUGUGUGUGUGUGGAGCAGGAAACAGGGAAAAGCUGCCCUCCGGUUUGAAUCGCGCCAAGCGCCGCGGCCGCCAGUAGCCGGAGGCGCCCCCUCGCCGGCCGCCAGCGCCCGCCUCUGUCCUCCCUCCCUAUGUGAGGCUCCCCGGCGGGCUACAUGGCGAUAGACCGGCGACGCGAGGCGGGCGGCGGGGGCCGGCCGCCGCCGCCGGAGGAGAACGGCUUGGUGCCGGCGGGCGCCGCUGCCCCUCCGGGGCCGCCCUCCGCCGCCGGGGCCGCCGCCGCCGAGAUCCAGACGCUGCCGCCGGCCGCUGCCGCCGCCUGCAGCCCGCUGCUCCUCGACUACGACGGCUCGGUGCUGCCCUUCCUCGGGGGCCUGGGCGGCGGGUACCAGCGGACCCUGGUGCUGCUCACCUGGAUCCCGGCCCUCUUCAUCGGCUUCAGCAAGUUCUCGGACUCCUUCCUCCUGGACCAGCCGGACUUCGGGUGCCGGAAGGCAGACGGGCAGGGCAACGGGAGCGGCUACCUAGCGCCGGGCCCCGCCAACCGCAGCGGCAACGGCAGCCUCUUCCCCCCGCCGGUGCUGCCCACGCCAGCGGGGAGCAACGCCAGCGAGUGCGAGUGCCAUGAGUGGCACUACAGCAUCGGAGCCGGCCUCAUGCAAAACGUCGUCAGCAAGUGGGAUCUUGUUUGUGAUUCUGCCUGGAAAGUCCAAAUUGCUAAAUUUUCCCUACUGGUAGGAUUAAUCUUCGGCCACUUAAUAACAGGAUGUAUAGCUGACUGGGUUGGUCGACGGCCUGUACUGCUCUUCUCUGUCAUAUUCAUUUUGAUAUUUGGACUGACUGUGGCACUCUCAGUGAAUGUGACAAUGUUCAGCACACUCAGGUUUUUUGAGGGGUUUUGCCUGGCUGGAAUAGUCCUCUCCCUGUAUGCACUGCGGAUCGAGCUCUGUCCUCCUGGGCACCGGUUCGUGGUCACGAUGGUGGCGAGUUUCAUCGAAAUGGCAGGGCAGUUCCUCAUGCCUGGGCUGGCUGCCCUCUGCAGGGACUGGCAGGUCCUCCAGGCGGUCAUCAUCUGUCCUUUUCUGCUGAUGCUGCUUUACUGGGUUAUUUUCCCAGAGUCCCUUCGGUGGCUAAUGGCUACACAACAGUUUGAGGCAUCCAAGGAACUUAUCCUUCAGUUCACUCGCAAGAACAGGAUGAACAUGGAAAGCGAUAUCAAAGGAGUGGUGCCCGGGCAUAGGAUGGACGAAUCAGUGCAUAGGAUGGACGAUGCUGUGGGAAUGAAGCUGUUGUCUGUUCCUCAUUUGUUGCAGAAUUUGGAAGAGCUGGAAAAGGAGCUCACCAGGAGACCGAAGAAGGUCUGCAUUGUUAAAGUGGUGGGAACCAGGAACCUGUGGAAAAACAUUGUAGUAUUGUGUGUGAACUCGCUGACUGGUUAUGGCAUACACCAUUGUUUUGCAAGAAGUAUGAUGGGGCAUGAAGCAAAGAUGACGAUUACCCACAGCUUCUAUGCGGACUACUAUAUUAUGGCGGGGAUUGCUCUGGCAUCCUGCCUGGCCAUGUGCCUGGUGGUUGGGUUUCUGGGGAGGAGAGGAGGACUCCUGCUUUUCAUGAUUCUUACAGCUCUGGCAUCGCUUCUGCAGCUUGGCCUUCUCAACUUGAUUGGAAAAUACAGUCAGCUUCCAGACUCAGGUAUGAGUGACAGCGUCAAAGACAAAUUCUCUACUGCAUUUUCCAUUGUGGGUAUGUUUUCUUCUCAUGCCGUUGGAAGUCUCAGCGUAUUCUUCUGUGCUGAGAUCACACCCACAGUAAUAAGGGGCGGCGGGCUGGGGCUUGUCCUGGCCAGCGCCGGCUUCGGACGCCUCACUGCCCCCAUCAUGGAGCUCCACAACCAGAAAGGCUACUUCCUCCAUCAUGUCAUCUUCGCCUGCUGUACCCUCAUCUGCAUCAUCUGCAUCCUGCUCCUGCCGGAGAGCAAGAACCAGAACCUGCCUGAAAACAUCCCGGACGGUGAACAUUACACCAGGCAGCCCCUGCUGCCGCACAAGAAGGGGGAACAGCCCCUGCUCCUGACAAACUCUGAACUUAAGGAUUACUCUGGCCUCCAUGACUCGGCAGCUGUGAGCGAUGGGAUCUCCGAGAACACCACUGCCAAUGGGAUGAAGUCUAUGUAACUGGAUGGAUUUCCCUCCCCCCCUUUUUCCCCCCCUUUUCCUUUUUCAUUUUGUUUGAUGCUGUUGUGCAGGAGGAGCAGCACUUUGGGUGAGAGUGUUUUGCACAGAUUUUACAAACCAGUGGUGGAACAGACGCAGACUUGGGGGAAUUCAACUCCGCUGCUAAAGCGACUUGUAAGAAUCUUCAACUGUUGUGCAGAUUGUUUUUGAAAAAGUUAUGGGGGAAAAUAUUCAUCUGAGAAAAGACCUGGCUGGAGAUAGCCCUUCAGAACUCUUUUUUCCUACCAUUAGAUGUGUAUAUUUAUUUUGAUUUAUUCUCAAGAAGCACUUUAUUUCCUUUUCCUUUCAUAAAUCACAAAAAUGAAGCCAUCUUAUUAUAAGAGGUGCAGCCAUUCCAAGAAAGAAACCAUGUGGGGUGGGGGUUGUUUUGUUUUGUUUUUGUGUUUUUUAAAGGAAGGAAGUAUCCACUGCAAAGUUGAACUGUAAUUUAGACUUGUGCAACAUUCUUCUGCCUGUCUAGAAAGUCAAAGUGCCCAGGUUGCCUGCUGUGUUUGUACACACCAAAAAAGAAAAAAAAAACAGGAGAAAAAACAAAGCAAAACCUGUUGUGACUCAAAGUCUGACUGCAUUUUAGGCAGCUUAUACUUGGUUAUUCUAGCCCAUGUGCAUUUAAAAGUUACUUUCCUAAUUAGUACUUUUUUUCACCAAAAGGAGUGAAGAAAAUCCUACCCAAACUGAGCUCAGAUUUCAAUCCAGAUCAGCCUUAUGCAUUUUAAGAGUCCCUUGAUCUAUUUUAGACUGUUCUUGCUGGUAUUUAAUAGUAAUGUAGACUAUGUAAAUGAUUUGACCGAUGAUGCAAAAAAUAGUUUUGCCAAGAAUGGCUUUAACUACCAGGAAGUCCAGAAUCUUUGACUGACUGGUCCAGGAGAAGAGCAUAGACCAGCAGGGACAAAAGUAAGGAGCACUGGCUAUGAUCUGUACUCUUAUUUCAAAAGGCAGCAUAGCCAGGAUUCGCACUCCUGGGAGAUGAGAGUCCUGGCAUUGCCUUGCCUGUUUUUAAAACCAGAGUUUUUGUUUUCAAUUUAAAUGGACAAAAUACUAAAGUGACUAUCAGAAGGGAAUGAAUUGAUAGCCUGUGAAUAAAGACUCAAGGUCUGUUGUUGGCUGUCUUGUGGCUUUCAGAGAUGUUUUCUGCUUCUGACCCAAGAAUAUACAGUGAACUCACCUAUAAUUCCCCUCUUCCCCAACUGCUCUUUUAGGAUUUCUUUAAGAAAAAAAAAAUUGUCUACUUAAAUUGGAUCAGUCCUACUCUAUGCUAAGCAAAGUGAAGAUACAGUUUGUCUCUCACUAUACAGAUGGCACUUUGAUAAUAACUAUAUGACUUCUCUUCUAGUCCCCAAACCGACAAUUUGUUUUGGCCAUCGGAUUUUGGCUUUCACUGAGUGACUGCUGUGAGGAUCUUGUUCAAUGCAAGGACUUUCUGAACUAACAGCUUUCUUGCAUUGUAGUUAACCUCCCUUCUCUCCCUCCCUCUUUUCCUUUUUCACUCAGGCCAUGCAUUUGUGAUUGCUCAGUAGUACAGACAUUUAAACGAACAGAGCAGCAGGAUGUCGAUGUUGUAUUGAGUGUCCAUAUGAUUACCACUUUGUUUGAUGUACAUCUUGCGUUCAUAGACAGGGAAAGCGCUCGUUUGCACUUUCCUCCUCUACCUUCCCUCCUCUUUCCUCCUUUGCUGUAUAUAUAGUCUAUUAACUACUCUACCUAACAAUUUCCAUCCUCCGUUAGGCUGCCUCUGUCCUCUUACCAUCCCCAAUAAAUCAGAGAGAUGCUCCUUGGUGGGCAAUGCAGUAAGUAGCACGGCCUCGGACGCUGAUGAGUGCAAGGGGACAGGUAAACCUGCAGAAGCGACAGAGAUUGUGGUGUCAGAAAAACAAUGUUGUCCUAAAGCUGCUAAUUUUUGUACAGAGGUCCUAAAGCUGCUAAUUUUUGUACAGAGGAUGUGGACAUUUGGGUUCUCUUUGAGCCUGGUAAGAAACACUGGACCAGUUGAUGGUAAUUUUGCCCAAAGUUACACUACUGUUUUUUCACCUUUGUUAGACUUGCUGUGAUAGCGAGAGCCCAAUCUUCCUUACACUCAAGUUUUACUGUCUAGCUCGAGAGUGGCCAUCUCUCUCUUUUUGUUCUCUGCUGAGAUUUCUGCAAUCUGCGUUCACCUAAGAAAAAAAAUAAGCCUUUUCAAAUUCAUGCAGUAUUCAUGUGCCAAAUUUGUGUAAUACCUUUUGCCUUUUAUGCUUGUUACAAGCCACACAUUGGGGAAAAGUGGGUUCACAAUGAAACUGAAGAAGCAAAAUUAAGUCUUAAUGGAAGAGAAAAAAAGGGCCUCAAAGCGGAGCAGGGAAAAGCACAGAGGUGGAGCGGGCGUAGAGCUGUCGCGCAGCAUUUUGCGAUCCAUUAUGCCAUGGAGCGGCUCUUUUAUUCGUGGUCUCUGUGCGUGUGUACUCAAGCUACAGUAUGAAUCUUGUAGACCAUUCACAAGCCUAUUAAACUGGUUGCUUUCGGCACUGUUAGCGGUCCUGGUGUGCUCACUGCUGUCGUCCACAGCGCUUUAUAGUUUCCUAUUCUGGUGUUUGCUCUCUGAAGACAAACAGGCCCAAGGAAGAGAAUGGUUGUUUACACAUAUCAACAUUAAUAUAAUAAACACAUUAGGUGACAGGAACACUUGGCAGGUUUUUUAAUUCUUAUGAAAUUGACUUGAUUUGCUGCUUUUAUUUUUUUGCCUGAAACAAGGCACUCGGUACUGAUCUUUUGCAAUAUGGGGCAUCCCAACCUCUCCAGUUCAUUUGGCCCUCUGGCUCUGUCAUGAGAGAGAAAGAAAAAAAAAACCACACACACAAAUUAAUUUCCUGUCUUGGUAGCUCCAGUUUUGCUUGUUUUGUUGAAAAGAUGAAAAAUUCUGGGUGUUUUGUGUUGGGUUUCUGCUUUGUGACAUGCACUACUUUGAAAGCUUUUGUUAAGUGUAUCUAAUGUGAGAAAACUGUCAGAGUAGAAGGCAGGUACUAAGUGAUACAACAGGACAGAAACAAAAUCUAGUUUUGUAAUGUGCUCUGCCUAGUCCUUCAUCUGGACGGUGCUCUGUACUUCGGCUACCAUAUGUCAGACCAUCAGCUCCUCAAUCGCAUCUCCUCUAUAGCCAUCAUCAGGAAAUGCUUUUCUCAGAUGGCUGUUUCUGGUCACCACAACAGAGGAAGCAUUCAAAGCUGUCCUGUCCAUUUUGGCCUUUUUUCUGUGAACCUUCAGUAACCUCUAAGCCCAUCAGUGGAUUUUUUUUCUUUAUAAUUUACCAUUUAAGGGCUUUCUUUUUGUACUUUUAAACAAAAUGUGAAAGUGACAUUAUGCUUGAUCUGUUUUUUUUUUUUUUCCUUUUCAGCUUUCAGGAAUGCUUUUGUUGCCAGACACACUGCAAAUAGAUAAAGACAGUGUGGAGAAAUGUGUCAUUUGUUUGGAAGUGUUUUGUGGCAACUCAAAAAGGGUUCUAUGUGAUUUCCUUUUCAUUUUUUUGUUGAGCAGGCUUUUUUUUAUGGAAGUAUUUUACUUAACUGUUGCCACUUCCUGGAGCCAAACACUAAAGGUCACCAAAUUGGAAGCAGAAGUGCCAUUAAAUGAACUCUGUGAAUGUCAAGUCAAGUUGCGCCUGUAGCUGGCACAUAAGACAACACUAUGAGUGUGGGAUGAUCUCCCCCACUAUAACUUUUUUUAAGAAAAAUAAAUGACAAACCUCAUUUUAAAUGUAUUGUGUAAAAUGUUUUGGGAAAGGAGUACAGUGUGUUAUGUCUAGUGGGUGAGACUUCCCUCCCCAUUUCAGUUUCUGAUGAAGUUUUAAAGAAUCGUGUUACUGUAUGUUUUGAUCAUGAAUAGUCUGGUGGUGCUUCUUCAUAGCACAAGCUUAAAUCAAGUACUGAAAAGUCUUACAAGCUAAAUGUCUGCAUGAUGUUACAUCUGUUGUACCUACUGAAAAACUUUGUAUGUAAAUUACAGAAUAAAAAGAUGUUGUCUCAUCA